GCAGAGAGAGUCUCCUACUGGCGCGGAGGGUGGCGGAGAGGAGAGCCGCCGGCGAGCGGGCUUGUCAUGGGGAUCCGGGCUAGUAGGCGGCACGAGUAGCAUCUGGGGACUCCGAGAGGGACAGGAAGUGUCCGCUCCGGUGACCACCGCCAGCUCGGCGGGGGCCUGCGGGGGGAUCCCCGCUGCCGUGGUCCUGGGGACAGGGAGGAGGAGAGAGGAGGGAGUCCUGGUCUCGCCCCGCCCCCGGGCUGGUUACGGCGGGGGCGGGGAGUGAAGGCUGCUGGGGGGGGGAGUGGAGAUCGAGGGACUCGGCGGUGCCCUCCGGAGCGGCGGCCGUGUCCCCGCGGCGCCGGGCCGCCGAGCGGAGCGCCGCGGCUGCUGCAUGCGUGGCUGCUGGAUGCGGAGGCGGCGGCGGCGGCGGCGGCGAAGAUGUUAGGGCAGCAGCAGCAGCAACUGUACCCGCCGGCCGCGCUCCUCACCGGGGAGCGGAGCCGGCUGCUCACCUGCUACGUGCAGGACUACCUCGAGUGCGUGGAGUCGCUGCCCCACGACAUGCAGAGGAACGUGUCCGUGCUGCGAGAGCUGGACAACAAAUAUCAAGAAACAUUAAAGGAAAUCGAUGAUGUCUAUGAAAAAUACAAGAAAGAAGAUGAUUCAAACCAGAAAAAACGCCUACAGCAGCAUCUCCAGAGAGCAUUAAUCAAUAGUCAAGAAUUGGGAGAUGAAAAAAUUCAGAUUGUCACACAAAUGCUUGAAUUGGUGGAAAACCGAGCAAGACAAAUGGAGUUACAUUCACAGUGUUUCCAAGAUCCUGCUGACAGUGAAAGAGCCUCAGAUAAAGCAAAGAUGGAUUCUAACCAACCAGAAAGAUCUUCAAGAAGACCCCGCAGACAGCGAACCAGUGAAAGCCGUGAUUUGUGUCAUAUGACAAAUGGGAUUGAAGACUGUGAUGAUCAGCCACCUAAAGAAAAGAAAUCCAAGUCAGCCAAGAAAAAGAAACGCUCUAAGGCCAAGCAGGAAAGGGAAACUUCACCUGUUGAGUUUGCAAUAGAUCCCAAUGAACCUACAUACUGUUUAUGUAACCAAGUGUCUUAUGGGGAAAUGAUAGGAUGUGACAAUGAACAGUGUCCGAUUGAAUGGUUUCACUUUUCAUGUGUUUCACUUACCUAUAAACCAAAGGGGAAAUGGUAUUGCCCAAAGUGCAGGGGAGAUAAUGAGAAAACUAUGGACAAAAGUACAGAAAAGACAAAAAAGGAAAGAAGAUCGAGGUAGUAAAGGUCAUCCAUAUUUUAAAGGGUUAUUUGUCUUUUAUAUAAUUGGUUUACUUUCAGAAAAUGUUUUAGGGUAAAUGCAUAAGACUAUGCAAUAAUUUUUAAUCAUUAGUAUUAAUGGUGUAUUAAAAGUUGUUGUACUUUGUCUGUGA